AGGAAGCGAAGCGCCUCUCAGCCGGCCACCUCAUCGCUCGGGCGGGCAGCGGCGGCGGGUCGGGUGACACUCCCGAGUGGCCAUGGAGGAGGUGGGCCGCGGGCGGACGCUUUGCCUCUUCGACGUGGACGGCACCCUGACCGCGCCUCGCCAGAAAGUCACCCCAGAGAUGGCGGAUUUUCUGCAGGCCUUGCGGAAGAAGGUGAAGGUCGGAGUUGUGGGUGGCUCAGACUUCGAAAAGAUUCAAGAGCAACUGGGAGAUGAUGUGGUUGAAAAAUUUGACUACGUAUUCCCGGAAAACGGCCUCGUGGCAUACAAAGAUGGGAACCUCUUGAGUAAACAGAGCAUUCAAGGCCAAAUGGGCGAAGAGCUUCUUCAAGACUUGAUCAACUAUUGCCUGAGUUACAUUGCAAAACUUAAACUGCCGAGGAAGAGGGGCACUUUCAUUGAAUUCCGAAAUGGGAUGCUGAACGUUUCUCCCGUGGGCAGAAACUGCAGCCAGAAGGAGCGGAUUGAAUUUUAUGAGCUUGAUAAGAGGGAGCAUAUAAGAGAUAAAUUUGUCGCCGAUUUACGACGAGACUUUGCAGGAAAAGGCCUCACAUUCUCUAUAGGGGGCCAGAUCAGUUUUGAUGUGUUUCCAGACGGUUGGGAUAAGCGAUACUGUUUAGGAAUUGUCUCCCAAGACGGCUUCAAAACAAUUUAUUUCUUCGGAGACAAGACAAUGCCAGGUGGGAACGACUAUGAAAUUUACACGGACUCCAGAACCAUCGGCCACAGUGUCAUGUCCCCCGAGCAGACAAAACAGAUAUGUGAAGAGUUAUUCUUCAACUAGAUGCGCUUAUUUUGUACGAAAAGGGAGCAGGUUAACUUCAGGACUAAAAUUUGUAGAAUAACUGCCUUGGGGUGAAGAUCAGGGUCAAGACUGUGGUGUGCAGGAGGUUGGGUGGGAUUUAACUCUC